CCUGCGAACAUUAGUAGCAGCGACCUCGUGCUGCUGCGUCGCGAACUGUAAACACAGUUGUUAGGUAACAAAUGAAGUUCGGAAGUGUUUAACAAGAAGAGUUGAAAAUGCAAAAUUCAAAGUCAGAAUCAAGAGAAGAGCCCGAACCGACUUUUGAUUGGUUACAGUUGCAAAAGGAUGUCCGCGCAACAAACACACAGGAAACGACAAGGGAAAAAUUCGCACGCAAAGUGUCAGAAAAUCCCUUAGUUCCAAUUGACAGGAACAAUGAGAAGACAGUUGACACAUCUAGCCUUCAGCCAGACCUUUCUUCAGAAAAGAAAACACACACUCACACUUUCAAACAAGCAAGCAUACCUUAUGUGUGCACACAUCUGACUAUUUCCAACUGUAAUGAUAUGGCAGUGGAAUGUGCAUAUUACUUCUUUCUGAUUGUAGGUUGCCUAGCUACAUUUUGUGCUUUGUCCUAUGGUCUAUGGAGUUUCCGGACAGGACAGCGAAGGAUGUCCCAAUACAUGAUGCGCCUUCGAAUAGCUGCUCAGGGAAUCACUAUUGCUGCUUUGAUUGUUGGCCUAGGUAUUUCUGCGACCAGGAAGAGUAAUUAAGGCAGCAUUAAAUUGUUCACCUUGGUCUCUGUAAUCCUGUAACAUCUGGAAAGUGACACCUUGUUAAUACAUAUAUAUAAUACUUUCCUUUCUUGUAAAAUGCCUUGAGUUUCUUUUUUGCUAAAUUGUUGAAAGAUUAUUCUCAACAGUAGUUUGCUACUCCAGUGACUAAUGUACAUCUAGCACCAAUAAAAAGUCAAAAUUUUAGGGUUAA